AUGGAACCACAAACAACGAACAGCCAGGAAUCUCUUUUCCAGGAGUACUGUUCCAACAGCUCCAUCCACGGGGUCCGGUACUUUGCAAGCCGGCGAAGAAAAAGCUGCUGUGGCAGAAGCUGCUGGGUCGAACGUGCACUCUGGAUUGCAUUUUUUGCCCUAUCCGUUGGCGGAUGUGGCUGGUUGAUACUGAAGGUGUACCGGAAAUGGGAUAACAGCCCGGUAAUUGUGACAUUUGCCGAGCGACAGACACCCGUGUGGCAGAUUCCAUUCCCGGCAAUUACCAUUUGUCCCCAGGUUAAGGUUCCAGUUGCGGUUUUUAAUUUUUCAGCUUAUUUUUCAUAUGAAGCGUUACGUGGCGAUGAUAAUUUUACCAUGUUCAAUAGGUCUGACUACUUCUUUACAAUGUUACAACUUUGUGAAACCGAAUUCUACGCAGGCUCGAUUAUGUUUCGAGAAAAUUACUCCUUCCCCAACACCGGAAUCAAUCGAAGUAUGGUCCACAUUAUGGAAGAGAUGGCACCCAAAAUCAACGAAUUGCUAGUUAUGUGCAAACUACGUUCAAUUUAUUCCGACUGUUACCAAUUCGUGGCACAAACUGUUACGGAAGAAGGAAUUUGUUACACUUACAACGGGCUUUCGGAUCCUGAACUUUUUCGGAUGGGAAAUCUUCACACGGACCAUUCAUACUCCAAGGAAAGCAGAUCUUCCUCCAACUGGAGCCUUGAAAAAGGAUACGGAAAAUGCUUAAGGAAUCAAACUUAUCCUUUUCGUUCGGUUGGCUCAGGAGUUUCAGCUGGAAUUGAUAUAGGACUCCUAACGAACCUGUCCAACCUAGAAUAUCUUUGCCGAGGACCGCUUCAAAGCUUCAAGCUUUUGCUUCAUUCUCCUGACGACUAUCCUCUGAUGUCCAAAAAAUAUAUUCGUAUUCCGAUCGAUCAGGAUGUUAUGAUUGCCGUUAAACCUCAAAUGAUAACUACAGCUUCCAGCUUGCAUGACUACACUCCAGAACGUCGUCAAUGCUUCUUCAACCAUGAAAGAACUUUGCAGUUCUUUCAAAUCUACACGCAAGACAACUGUGAACUCGAAUGUCUCACCAAUUAUACCCGGAUAGCUUGUGGUUGUGUUAAGUUUUCGAUGCCAAGAGGGACCGAAACGGAGGUUUGUGAUAUUGAUAAACUGUGGUGCAUUCGUAGAGCGGAGAUUUCGCUUAUGGAAAUGAGAAUGGAAGAUCAACGUUACUACUGCAACUGUCUGCCAGCUUGUACUUCCAUACAGUACAGUGUAGAGAUCACGCAAACGGAUCUGGAUUUGCAGUCGUGGAUGGAAAGCUACGAGCCCGGUUCCACAGGAAAUCCAGGGAUAAGUCUAGCCAAUGUGAAGGUGUACUUCAAGGAAGCUCAGUUCAUAACCUCCAAACGUAGUGAACUGUAUGGAGUAAUCGACUUUCUUGCGAACUGUGGAGGAUUGCUAGGCCUUUGCUUGGGUGUUAGUGUUUUAAGUCUAGUGGAAAUUGUUUACUUUUGUACUGCUCGGCCAAUUAUGCAGCUUAUGGGUAGAUUUCGAGCGAACAAACUGGAGAAAGAACAUGUAAACUCUGCUUAG